AUGUCCAAGCUUCUUCUUCUGCUCUGUCUGUUCACUUACGUUGACUCAAGCACCUACGAUCUCAGCUCGAGCAUAGCUGCACUCAAUAGGGGUCUGCAGAGUAAAACAAAUGUUGUCUACACGGAAGCCGCACAGCCCUUAGAUAUCUAUGAGCAAAUCAGUGAAACCCUAAGCCAAGUUCCUAGCGUAUUAUUGAAGAGAACUGAUAAUGCUAGGCUGAUGAGCAGCAACCACCUUGAUCUGCCCAAGCCCCUUUUGAUGAUACUGCCAGAGCCUAGGCAUGGCCAUGCCCAAGCCAUGUUCGAGCAGUUUCCCACCGAAAUGCAGCAAUCCGACUUUCUUUUCGUGGGCUGCAACUCAGCAGCAAACUGGCAGCAAUUGCUUUCAACCCUCUGGCAAGAGGGCUACCCGAAUGUGCUGAUAUUCAAUAGCACUGAUGGAACAGGGCUUAGGGGUCAGUUUUAUAGCAGCAAUUUGUAUCCACAGCAGGAGCUGCACCGCUGUAGCAUUGAUCAGUAUUUGUGGAGUCGUCAGCACUGGUUCGACAAUCUCGAGGGCUGGGAGGUACGUGUGGCUCUCUACAAUAAUCCGCCACGCACCUUGGUCUAUCCGGAACAGGAACUGUACGACGGUUAUUCACUUAUGCUGCUGCGAGAGUUCCUGGCCCAUCGUGGGGCCAAGUUUGUGCCCGUGUUAACGCCCAACUACCAAGUUUAUUCGGCCAACGAUUGUCUCAAGUUCUUGCAUAGCAAUAUGUCCGACAUUUGUGGCGAUCUGCUGGCCUACACCAACGAAGUGAGCUUCACAGCCAGCUAUAUGUACUUGUAUGGCAAUAUUCUAAUACCCAACGCCAAGCCCAGGUCCAAGAACUACUAUAUUAUAGCGCCCAUGCAGCUAAAGACAUGGCUUUUCAUGCUCCUCUACAUAGCUGUCAUCUGCAGUUUUGUCAGCUGCAUCUGCUGGCUGCAGCUGGGGCGAUGGGAAUACAGCAAAUUUCUGCUAGAGAUCAUUUCCAGUCUACUCUGCAUGGGCUUUCGGCUAUUUAAUAUUGGAGGCAGGCAGCACUUCAUUUUGUAUUCCAGCAUUUUCCUAGUGGGCUUUGUGUGCUCCAACUAUUACCUGGCCUUCCUCGCUACCAUACUCUCGACAGGUGUUUACGAUCGCCAGAUAGACAGCUUUGACGAGCUGGUUGAUCAGAACAUUAGCAUUGUCAUCGGAGACUAUGACAAGACGGUGCUAAUGACCUAUGACUAUCCGGAUAUCUUGUGGAACAUAACCCGCGUGGUGCCCUACGAUUUCAUACUGGCUCAUCGGCGGGUCUUUGAUGCUAACUACGCCUAUUUGGCACACAGUGAUCGCCUGGUACUCUUCAAUUUUCAGCAACAGUAUAUGGCUAAGCCCCGCAUGCGCCCCCUCCCCAUAGACUUGAUGCACUCGCUGCCGGGUUUCCCAAUGCGUCGCCAAUGGCUGCUGAAGUACAAGCUCAGCGAGACACUGCUCAACUGCUUUGGCAGUGGACUGAUGAAAAAACUAGCCGAUGACACCAAUCGACAGACCAUACACAUUGGCUACUUGAAUCUGAUACCCUCGGAGCCAUACGAGGCGAGGCCCCUGACAUUGGACUACUUCAAUGUGCCGUUAAUCAUGCUCAUAUCGGGUCUAAUCAUUGCACUUGUCUGCCUAAUGGUCGAGCUACUCUGGCGGCUAGUACAAGGGCCUAAUCGCGAGAGGAACUGA